UCUCUCUCUCUCUCUCUCAAAUGGGAGUGCCAUUCAUUUGUGUCACAAAAGCUUUUCAAUGUCUCUCUUCAUCUUCCUCCUAUGGUCGUGGAGCAGUUUUAUUGCAACCCACGCUAUUCCUUCGCCUCGAGGUUUCUUCCUGAACUGUGGAUCGUCUUCCCCGGCAAAAGUCCACGACAUAAAUUACAAUCCAGAUGAAGGGUUCAUUGCCGUGGGCAACACGACAACCUUAAACCAGCAAGACCUGCUCCCGAUCCUCUCGACGCUACGUUACUUUCCGAACAAGUCAUCGAGAAAAUACUGCUACAGCUUCCCGGUCUCCACGAACUCCAAAUACCUAAUCCGCACAACUUACUACUACGGAAACUUCGACGGGAGAAACGAGCCACCGGUGUUCGAUCAGAUUGUCGGGGAAAUAAAAUGGAGUGUUGUGAACACGACAGAGGAUUACGCCAAUGGCUUAAGCUCUUACUACGAGAUCAUCGUUGCCUCGGUCGGGAAAACCCUUAGCGUUUGCCUCGCCAAGAACGCGAAAACAGUCUCUUCUCCUUUCAUAUCGGCUCUUGAGGUUCAAUUGCUUGAGGAUUCUAUGUACAAUUCCACGGAUCUCGGGAUUUACGCCCUCAAUGUCAUCACCAGAAGCAGUUUCGGAGGAAGCGAGGACGAUAUGAUUAGCUAUCCGGAUGAUCAAUUCAACCGUCUAUGGCAACCAUUUUCGGAUCCGAGACAUCCAACAGUGAAAUCCCAUGGACGCGUCGAUCCUUCGGACUUCUGGAAUGUUCCACCGGCAAAAGCCUUUGCAUCGGGUGUCACAGCGAGUAAAGGGAAGAUUCUAGAACUUUCGUGGCCGCCAUUUAGUCUCCCAACCACAAAGUACUACGUAGCUCUGUAUUUUCAAGAUAACCGAAACCCUAGCCCCUUAAGCUGGAGAGUUUUCGAUGUUUUCAUCAAUGGAGUUGCAUUCUAUAGCAAGCUCAACGUGAGUGCAAAUGGAGCUAUGGUUUACACCGGAGGAUGGCCAUUGUCGGGCCAGACUCGGAUAACGAUGGUUCCAAUGAAGGAUUCACCGGUGGGACCAGUAAUCAAUGCCGCCGAAGUGUUUCAAAUCGUCCCUCUCGGUGGAAAGACUCACACAAGAGAUGCAACGGCAAUGCACGAUUUGUCGAGAAGUAUCAUGAACCUGCCCUCGGAUUGGUCAGGCGACCCUUGUCUUCCUCAUGAGAACUCGUGGACCGGAGUAACUUGCUCCAAAGGUCUAGUCUCUAGAGUUACUUCCCUGAACCUCACGAAUCUCGGACUCGCUGGAUCUCUACCGUCGAGUGUAAACAAGAUGACUGCUCUUAAAGAUUUUUGGAUUGGGAAGAACAAACUCACGGGCACGAUCCCGGAUUUGAGUUUGAUGAAACGGCUUGAAACUCUGCACUUGGAGGACAAUCAGUUCAGUGGAACUAUUCCUCAAUCAGUUACACAGCUUCCAAACCUACGGGAACUGCUCCUUGUGAACAACAAGCUUCAAGGAAGAUUCACCAGAGGAUUCCUGAAGAAAAGGGGGCUAAACAUACAGGUCUCACGUGAAAACAUGCCAAGGAAAAGAAAGGAACGAGAAAAGGACUGAGAAAGGGGCGUUUGCUAACCGUUAGAUGUGCAAAUUGGAGGGCCAUUUUGUCGAUUUUGAAACCGAAAUACAUGAGGGUUUCAUUGGAGAAUAGGAUUCGAAAUCUGUAUUUAUGAAUAUGAUCUCUUUACCGAUUUGUUGUUGAACCACGCCUGAACUUCAGAUUCUCAAACAUUUGUAAUCCAAAAUGAUAACACUCGUGAAAAAAAAAGCAAUCUAAAAUGGACUGUGUUAUU